AUGUUCCUGAAGUGCCUGCGGAACGCCCUCGUGUGGGGGGCCGCAGAGCCAAGGCGGAAGGGAGCAAUCUUCGACAUGCACACGAGAUAUAUGAAAAACAAAAGAAGAGGGCUGAAGGAGCAGCCGAGGAAAAAGCCACUGGACAUAGAAAAGAAAAUAAGAAAUCCAGACAAAUACGAAGAAAAAAUGCAUUUCGAUAAUUUAACCAAGGGAGAGCUAUACGUGCCUGAAUCGUGUAAAGCGAAAAAACUAGCCAUGUUGUGUAAUCGACUGUUCUAUUUUGAUAUAAAUGAUGAGGAGUUGCUGGAUAGGUAUGCACAAAGAGCUAUGGUGAUAGUUAACAGUAUGAGUACAAAAGAAAUUUCCCUAAUAUUAAACACGAUGAGAAAGUUUAAUCACAAAAAUGAAAAAUUAUUGGAAACGUUCGCGAAGCAUAUUCCCCGCAAGUUACACAAAGGAGUACCACAAGACAUUUCGCUAAUACUAAAUGCGUAUGCCCAUUUUAAUUUUAUUGAUAAUAAUUUGUUCAGCAGGAUAUGUGAAGAAAUUCCUCACAAAAUUACUUACUUUGAACAUUUUCAUAUUUCCAGUGUUAUUAAUGCUUUUUACAAGCUAAAGAUAAAAGACAGGAUAAUUAUUGAUGACCUGGUGGACGAGACAAUUGAACGAAUCGAUGAAUUUGAUGCGAAAUCUCUGACGAACAUUAUAAAUUCCUUUUCAAAAUUAAAUUAUCAAAAUGAAAAUAAGAAAACGAUAUGGGUGAAAUUUAUCCAAGGGGUGAAAAAUCUACGUAAAGAUUUUAACUUGCUCGAAAUUACGCUCAUAACAAAUGCAUUUUGUAAAAAAAAAUUCAAAAAUGAGAAAGUCUAUCAUUUGUUGAGCGAAAUUUUGACUUAUCACAUUUUCGAAAUCAAAUCUGUAAAUGAAAGUAACUCCUUUUUACUAUGCACCAUUGCACAUGCAUUCGCUAAGGUCAAAUUUUAUGACAAGGAUUUAUUUCAUUUUAUCUUUUCCUAUUUCACCAAUGAACAUAAUUACGCAUCUUUGGAUAGUCAACAUUUCGCGCAACUGAUUUAUUCAUGUGCUGUGUUUAAACAGAACGAUAAAUUAUUCCUCGAUACGUAUGCCAAGAUGGUCUGCAAAAUUUUGGAAAAGAAAAAUAACGAGCUAAACGAACAAGCAUUGUCUACCAUUGCAUAUGCCUAUGCCAAGUUAAGGAUCCGAGAUGCGAACUUCUUCGUUCAGCUGUCUUCCUACAUCAUUAAGGAAAAAAUUUGUUUAUCUCCCCAAAGUUUAAGCUUAAUUUGUUACAGUUUCUCCAAGCUGAAAAUAAAAUCGCAAAUGUUGUUUUACUUUUUAUCCAUCCAGAUUUUUCAAAAUAUGAAUUUAUUUAGCAAACAAGGUUUGUCCCUCAUUUUAUCUGCCUACGCAAAUUUACAAAUUUUUCACGUGAAAAUGUUUUCCCUCAUUAAUAAAUAUUUAAAUCUCUAUGUCGACAAUUUUACCCACGAGGAGUGCGUUCUGAUAGCUGGCCAUUACCAACACGCGGUUAAGUGCAUCACUGAUGAG